AUGGCCCAGCAAGCACCUCUCAAAGGACUGUCGGCCUUGGAGAACAUAUUCAACAUACCGUCACCAGAGGUUUCAAGUAGCGGCCCGUGCGGAAAUCAUGAAGGUUGCAGCAAACGGGACGAGAAGGGCAUGUUGUCAUCGAUUUCGGACAAGGUCGAGCACGCUGAGCGGUCCUUGCACUCCCUACACGCUCUGUUGACGGAGGCGCCGGGCCCAUGGCCCACGAUACCGCUUAUACGAUGUUACGCAAGACUGUCGAAGCUUAUACCUGAAGAAUUGAAGUCAAACCCCGACGGUGAGGUUGCAAAACUUAGACACACGAUAUCGACUAUUAUUAAGGGCUCAUACGAGUCUUUAUUGGAUUUCAUGUGUCGCGAUUCCCGUCCAGCGCUACGAACAACCAAUCCAAACGAAUUUAUUACACACAAGGGGUUGCAUGAUUUCGUGGCAACUUUCCCCCUGGCUGUCAGUCCUGCGGGACGGAAACUGGUUGUUGCUAUUGCCCUCACUAAUGGACCACUUCUCGCGGCGACAUGUAUCGCCGUCACCACCUAUCACACUGCUGCCCCGAUCAACCCAGCAGCUGGGCUAGAGCAAUUUCGAGCCGACGUCCUCAAUUCAGGUGCCAAGGCCAUAUUGACCAGCUCACAGGAGUACGAGAAACUACAGCUAAGAGACGACUGGGUCAGGCAUGAAAACAUAGAAGUCUACAUUGUAAAUUGGGAUCAUGGCGAUGACAUUCGCAUACUCGAUACUGCUGGACAUGUUUUGAACCUUGGAAGCCCACGGCCCUUGCCAAAUGCGCCCGAUGAUAUUGCCCUGGUUCUUUUUACCAGCGGUACAUCUGGAGCAAAGAAGGUAGUUCCAAUUACACUGCAUUCGAUCAUUGCCGGAGUGGUAUUUGUGAUGGAUUCCUGGGGUUUGAGCCCGGUGGACACGUGCCUGAAUAUGAUGCCUCUAUAUCAUGUUGGCGGAUUGGUAAGAAACAUAUUUGCGCCGGUGUUUUCUGGAGGAUGCACAGUCUGCUGUGCUGCGUUUGAUCCGAAUUUAUUCUGGGAUGUUGUGGAAUCGCUGGCGCCAACAUGGUACUAUGCGUCUCCUUCUAUGCACUCCGUCAUUCUUGCUCAGGCACUUGAACGACCGGGUUCGCUGAAAAAGAGCAAAAUACGACUCAUCUGCAAUGCUGCGGGAGGCCUUUUGCCGUCAUUGGCCAACCAGAUUCGAGAUACCUUUAACUGCAUUGUCCUACCAAGCUAUGGAAUGACAGAAUGUAUGCCAAUAUCAACACCACCGCUUCAGCACACUUAUAGCCGAGAAGGAUCGUCUGGUGUCAGUGCCGGGCCCGAGCUAACUGUGCUGGACUGGUCAGAACGCAAAGUCGGACCCGGGGCGGUUGGAAGGAUCUGCGUCCGAGGCGAACCUGUUUUCCCUGGCUAUUUGCGGCCCGACGGCUCGUUCGACAAAUCGUCGUUCAACCCUGACGGCUGGUUCGACACUGGCGAUCUAGGCUACAUGGAUAGCGAUGGCUAUCUUUACAUCACGGGGAGAAGCAAAGAGGUCAUAAAUCGCGGAGGAGAAAUAAUCUCGCCCUUCGAGGUUGAAAAUGCAAUCAUGUCUGCGUCGCUAUCGCCAACUUCCCCCAUCCAUGGCAAGGUCGGCCAAGUCAUGGCAUUCUCGGCACCCCAUGACGUGCUACAAGAGGUCGUCGCUGUGGUGCUUGUAACACCACCUGGCAAGACCAGAAUUGACUUGAAAAGACUGCAAAGCGCAUUGCGCUCCUCGUUGCAGCAAGUAAAGUGGCCGGCGCUAAUAAUCUACAUGGAUGAUCUGCCAAAGAAGAAUAAUAAGGUGCUACGAAUAAAGCUUGGGCAAAGGCUUGGCUUGCCAGAGAUUAGCGAAAAUACACCGUAUUUGCGAAGGCACUGGGAAGCAACCUGCCCUGCUCCUGACACGGCGUUGUCCGUGUCGAUCGCAUGUGCCCCCUGCAUUAUUGACCAGGAGGCAAUAUGCAAAUCUUUGGAUGCGGCAGUCUCGGCUGAUGGGAGAUAUCAUAUGCGCAGAGGAAGCAGCGGAUGUCUACCGGAGAUAUUCUGCGCUCCGGCGAAGCUGCUCUAUCCAGCACCUUCCAUGGCGUUCGCGGAAGAUCUAAAGGAGCGUCUUUGCGGCUCCGUUCAUAACUACAUGGUACCGGAAACAGUCCAUGUUCUAGAAGAGCCGUUUCCUACGGAUGAUGAAGGACAAGUGGAUGACGAGAAGCUCCAGGACAUGGUGGAUAGAUCGCUUGGAGCAUCCAUGGACAAGCUGACUGAGUCAACGGAGGGCAAGGUGGCCAAAGUGUUUGCAAAUAUGCUUUACUGCCACCCAGCUGAGCUGCCCCGAGACGUCGAAUUUUUCAACCUUGGUGGCGACUCUCUUCGUGCCGGCCGCGUUACUUCAGCUCUGAGAAGCGAAUUCGGCAUCCAGGUUCCUAUCAACAUCAUUUUCAAUUCUGGCUCUGUUCAAGCUAUUGCAGCCUAUGUGGACAAGAAUGCGCCAGCAAGAACAACUAGCGAGACCGAGGACGAGGUCAUUGGAUGUACAAAAACCAACAGCUCGACGAAUCCAUUCCUAAUGGCAAUUCAACUGAUCCCUCUCGUCGUAUUUUAUCCACUACGCAGGGCAUUCCAGUGGACCAUAUUCAUCGCGGCGCUCAGUGGUAUGCAGAGUUGGCCAACCAAUACAACGGUUCCCGGCCGGCUCCUCAAUCUCACGCUGAGCAUUCUGCUUUCGAGAAUCGUUGUCAGAAUUGUCCUUCCCUUCGCUGGUAUCCUCGCAAAGUGGACCAUUAUCGGCCGCUAUCGUGAAGGCCUCUACCCGAUGUGGGGGUCAUAUCAUACGAGAUGGUGGAUGGUUCAGAAGAUCGUCAGUAUCUCUGGCAAAGGAUGGUUCGGCUUGAAUGAUACGACGCAGACGUGGUACUGUAAGCUCAUGGGUGCGAGAAUCGGAAAGAAUGUGAAGCUUGCUGGAGCGUCACUGGGGGAAUGGGAUCUUCUAGAUAUCCGUGACCGUGCGGUAUUGAGUCACUGCAUAUGUCGACCCUUUGCAGCCGAAGGAAAUACAUCAAUGUAUCUUGGGAAAAUCACUAUCGGAGAGCGGUCUUCUGUCGGAGUUUCGUCCAUCGUUGCGGCCGGCACGGAAAUCCCGUCAAACACAUGUAUUGGACCAAACUCUUCAAGUUGGGAGCUGCAGGAUGCGGACGAAGGAAAUCGAUAUCUUUCACCAGAUGCGGCACCACAACCUCACUGGCUGCUGACAGUCUUUCUUACUUCACCCCUGCGGCUGAUCUCUUGGCUCUUGUCGCUCAUACCCUGGAUUGGAGGGUUGGUUGGCAUGGUUCUACAGCAGCCCAUGGUUGCCGGUACACCGAUUCGAAACAUCCUGGAUUGGUUCACCGAACCUAGACGUGUCGCAUACCACUAUCUCGCACUGUCUUUGAAGACUUUCUUCAGCCCCUUCAUUGUAUUCGCGUUCUCAGUAGCCGUCAAACUGGUUCUGGAUGCCGUAUUUGGUGAGCUCAGUCAGACAGGGCAUGGUCAUGGUGCCAUUUCGACUUGGCGAGCAAAUGUAAUGAAGAGCCUCCUGCCCGUGUCCCGACUACAUGACAUGACGGCAUUAUUUGGCUAUCACUACGAAGCCACGUCGAUUGCGCUGCGUAUGCUCGGGAGCAAGAUUGGAAAACGAGUUUACUGGCCGGGAACUGGACCUAGCAUUGGAGACUACCACCUCCUUGACGUCGGCGAUGACGUGGUAUUUGGCUCUCGAGCACACCUCAUAACAUCUGAUGGUGUGGGGUCUGACCCCAUCACAAUUAGAGACGGUGCUAUGAUUGCGGAUAGGGUCUGUCUCCUUCCUGGAGUAGAAGUUGGCGAGCGAACGACGAUGGGAUCUGGUUCUUUGACAGGCAGAAACAAGAAGUACGAAGCCGGCUCUACAUACGUAGGAUCGAAAGGCCGCGAUGCCGUAUGUCUAUCUGCUGGAAAUCAUGAGAAGCACAAACCUCGGCAAAGGAUUCGUCAUCUGAGCAGCGACGACACUUUGACUGCUGAUCGAAGCAUUUCAAAGGCCUUUACACGAAGGGAGCGCAUUAGCAGUGAAGCCACCUUGGCUGGAUCAAAGACAUGCUUGGAGCCUUUCCAGACUGGUAGUGAUACAGAUGACGACCUGCGCGUGCCCGAAACAAUCUCACCGUUUGGGAGAGCUUUCUGUCUGAAGCUGGCGCCGUAUCAUGUUUUUGGACCCGCCAUCAUCUUCUGUUACUCUUCAUUCAUGACCAUAUUUACUGCUUUCUACUGGAACAUACCGAAUAUCACCUCUGUUCAACUGGUAGAUCAUCUCAUGAAUCAGCUUAUUGCUCGAAAUAACAGCAUGCUCUAUGAAUCUGGAGUGCUGUUUGGGUUAUGUACACUGGUGUUUGCCAUACUAACAUCACUUCAAGCCGUUUUGGCACUGUGCAUAGUCAUAGCAUCAAAGUGGGUAUUGUUGGGUCGUCGACAACCCGGCAACUAUGACUGGGAUAAGUCCCCAUACUGCCAACGGUGGCAGCUCUUUCUAAGUAUUGAAAGGCUUCGCAAACACUGUUAUCGUGGUCAAGGUAUUCUCGGUCUCUUGACCGGCACUAACUGGAUUGUUUUGUACUUUCGAGCCCUAGGUGCUAAGAUUGGAAAUGACUGUGCCUUGUUUGCGAAUGGCUGCCCCAACUUGAUGUUCACUGAGCCGGAUCUAAUCACGCUUGGUGACAGAGUUGUCGUGGAUGAUGCAAGUGUCGUUGCUCAUAUAAAUACACGGGGUAAAUUCGAUCUUAAUCGCUUGGAGAUCGGAAAUAGAUGUGUUCUUAGAACUGGCAGCCGGCUGCUCAGCGGGGCAAAAAUGGAGGAAGAUAGCUGCCUGCUCGAGCACACGCUAAUUAUGGGCGGCGACACGGUCGAAAAUAAAUGGACAAUGCAGGGCUGGCCGGCAACUAAAUUUGACGGAGACAGGACAUAA